AUGUCAACUCUAUUAGCCUUGCCUGUCUGGGAAACCAAUCAGGCUUGUCGGGAGCUUUCCGCAAAUGAUUCACCAACUACGCCGGUUCAGCCUGAGCUGAUGAAAAACACACCUCUAGCAGGUCGUAAGUCAUCUAAUUUACUUGAUUUAAGCGAAACCUUCACAGGACUGGAGGAGACUCGAACCAGGGAAACAAUUGCCGCACAGAGCCUUCUCCACCUUCCUCACAAUCCCAACCAGACUUUAGUGGCAAGGGGCCUUCUGAUGAAGAUUUGCCGCAAAAAACCAAAAUACCGCACUUUCUUUCUUUUCAACGACAUCCUUGUCUAUACAAGCAACAUUGUGUACGGGAAGUCGUUUUCUGAGCCCACCGUCUUUCCCCUGGAGGAGGUUUCCAUUACAAACGUAAACGACAGCGGAAUUUUUAGAAAUGGCUUCAUUAUCCAGACUCCUCGCAAAUCCUUCACUGUUUACGCGACAAUUGCCGACGAAAAACGCCGCUGGAUGGAAGGUAUUCAGUUCUACGCGAAUGAAGCACAGAAGCGGACGGGAAAAUGUAAAUAUAUGUUCUUCUGUUAUUUUUAUCCACCUUCAAAAUUAACCUACCCUUAA